AUGGUCUCGGCUCCUGGAAAGGUCAUCGUGUACGGAGAACACGCGGUGGUACAUGGAAAGGGAGCGAUUGCUGCUGCCAUUUCUUUGCGCUCGUACUUGCUCGUUACACCGUACCCGAAACCCUCGAAAAUGCUCACGCUUCGGUUUGCGGACAUUGAGCUCGACCAGUCGUGGGACAUUGACACGUUGCCCUGGACGGCCUUUGCCGCUCCCGGCAAGAAACGCUACUACUUCGAUGUCCUUGAGAGAUUGGACCCGCAGCUCAUGAAGGCCAUCGCCCCCAUCGUUGCCCAGAUCCCUGGCAAAGUCCUGCAGGCUGCGGCCACCUCGUUCCUGUACCUGUUCCUGAUGAUCGGAAACAAGCACUCCCCCGGCGCUAUCUACACUUUGCGGUCAACGAUUCCUAUCGGAGCGGGAUUGGGAAGCAGCGCCAGCAUUGCUGUCUGUUUGAGCGCGGCUCUCCAGAUCCAGAGCGGUACCCUAACCAUGCCGUUCAGAGGCAUGUUGCCACGCGAAACUCAAUUGCAGCUCAAAAGGGUCAACAACUGGGCGUUCGUUGGCGAGAUGUGUAUCCAUGGCAACCCCAGUGGAGUUGAUAAUACUGUAGCUACCGGAGGAAAGGCGGUGUUCUUUCAGCGAAAUGACUACUCGCAGCCUCCCGAAGUUACCCAUCUCAAGAAUUUCCCAGAAUUACCUUUGUUACUGGUCAACACCAAACAGCCCCGCCGGACCUCGGAGCAAGUCGCCAACGUCCGAAACCUCCUCAUACAAUACGAGGACAUCACCAACUCAAUGUUGGACACGAUCGACAAGAUCACAAUCGAAGCGCACAACAUCAUCUCAGAUCCCGACUUUAGUAAUCACUCGGGCAGUUCUCACAUCGUCCGACUCGGCGAGCUGAUCCGGAUCAACCAUGGAAUUCUGGUAUCACUCGGCGUGUCGCAUCCCCGGUUGGAGCGUGUGCGAGAGCUGAUCGACCACGCGGGUAUCGGUUGGACCAAGCUUACCGGCGCUGGAGGAGGCGGUUGCUCGAUCACCCUCUUGAAGCCCAAUGUCAAGCCAAGCAUCAUGCAGGAGCUUGAAAACAAACUCUCGUCCGAGGGCUUCGAGAAGUACGAGACUACCCUUGGUGGUUCGGGUGUCGGCGUUCUGUGGCCGGCCAUCACCCGGUCCGAUGAACUCGGCCACCCCGUCGAGAUCAGCCAGGAGAUGUUCUUGGCUGCCGAGGGCGUGAAGGGAGUCGAGUCCCUGGUGGGCGUAGACACGCUCGGAAAGCGCAAGUGGCGCUUCUGGACGGAGUGGUCUCCGGAGGCCUAG